AUGUCGACUUAUCGCCCAAGAAGAAAUGCACAGAAUGCAGUCAAUGCACCUGUUGUGGCACAUGUUAAGGGCAUGAAUGCCAUUAGCAAGAGCCGGGCCGAGGCCAUUUUGACAAAGUUUAUAUCUACCUCUGAGUCCAUCGCAGCAACCGUCCCAGGCUCUACCGACGAGAUCACUUUCACCAACACCGGUAUGUCCAACAUGGCUGGCAGUAACCCAGUGUUGGGUCAGCUCAAGAGAGUUCAAAGAGAUUUGAGAGGAUUACCUCCACUUCUGGCAGAACUUGAGACAGGAAAGCAUGGGCUUGAAGAAAAUAGCGAACAGCGUCAGAAUAAGAAGAUAAAAUUUGAUGAAGAAGAGACCGAGACUGUUGACGGUGGAGAUGAUGCAGGUGCUGAAGAUAUUGAGAUCGACGAGGCUGCAGAGGAGGAGAUCGAUGAGGCUGUUGAGGAGGUCGAUGAAGCUGCAGUGGAAGUGGAGGAAGUUGCAGACGAAUUAGAAGAGGAAGCUGCAGAAGAGAUCAUUGCAGAGGAAGGGGAAGAAGAGGAAGUAAAGAAGGGAAAGAAAGAAAAGAGAGAGAAGAAAGACAAGAAAGAGAAGAAAGACAAGAAGGAGAAAAAAGAAAAGAAGGAUAAAAAGGAGAAAAAAGAUAAGAAGGAUAAAAAGGAGAAGAAAGAGAAGAAGGAGCAUUAA